AUGAUGACCAUAUCUUUGAUCUGGGGGAUUGUUGUAGCAGUGUGCUGUUGUUUAUGGCUUAUUUUUGGAAUGAGGAGAAGACAAAUGGGUGAACCACCUCUGGAGAAUGGGUUGAUUCCGUACCUGGGAUGUGCUCUGAAAUUUGGUGCCAAUCCUCUUGAGUUCCUGAGAGCAAAUCAAAGGAAAUAUGGUCACGUUUUCACCUGCAGAUUGAUGGGAAAUUAUGUUCACUUCAUCACAAAUCCCUUGUCAUACCAGAAGGUGUUGUGCCAUGGAAAAUACUUGGAUUGGAAAAAGUUUCACUUCACUACUUCUGCAAAGGCAUUUGGGCACAGAAGCAUUGACCCAAGUGAUGGAAAUACCACUGAUAAUAUAAAUAAAACUUUCAUCAAAACCCUGCAGGGCGAUGGCUUGAAUUCCCUCACAGAAGCCAUGAUGGAGAACCUCCAACUUGUCAUGAGACGUCCGCUGUUAUCUAAAUCAAAGAUGUCUGCCUGGGUGACGGAAGGGAUGUAUUCCUUCUGCUACCAAGUAAUGUUUGAAGCUGGGUAUUUAACUCUCUUUGGCAAAGAUCUUACAGGGCAAGAUGCACAAAAAGGACUCAUUCUGAAUAACCUUGACCACUUCAAGGAAUUUGACAAAAUCUUUCCGGCUCUGGUAGCAGGCUUCCCUAUUCAUGUGUUCAAGACCGCACAUCACGCUAGGGAAAAACUGGCAGAGGGCUUGAGGCAUGAGAACCUCGGAAAGAGAGACCGUAUCUCAGAACUGGUCAGGUUUCUGAAUGACAUGCUUUCCACCUUAGACGACAUGGAUAAGGCUAAGACACACCUUGCUAUCCUCUGGGCGUCCCAAGCAAACACCAUUCCGGCGACUUUCUGGAGCUUAUUUCAAAUGAUUAGGAGCCCUGAAGCAAUGAAAGCUGCUACUGAAGAAGUGAAUAAAACACUAGAAAACGCUGGCCAGAAAAUCAGCUUUGACGGCAGUCCUAUUUGUUUGAAUCAAAUGCAACUGAAUGACAUGCCCGUGUUAGAUAGCAUCAUCAAGGAGUCUCUGAGGCUUUCCAGUGCCUCCCUGAACAUCCGGACUGCUAAAGAGGACUUCACUUUGCACCUCCAGGACAGUUCCUAUAACAUCCGCAAAGAUGACAUCAUAGCUCUUUAUCCGCAGUUGAUGCAUUUCGAUCCAGAAAUCUACCCAGACCCUUUGACCUUUAAAUACGAUCGAUAUCUUGACGAAAAUGGGAAGACAAAGACCACCUUCUAUAGUAACGGAAUAAAGUUAAAGUAUUACUACAUGCCCUUUGGGUCAGGAGUGACAAUUUGUCCGGGAAGAAUAUUUGCUGUCCAGGAAAUCAAACAGUUUUUGAUUCUGAUGCUUUCCUAUUUUGAACUGGAGCUUGUGGACAGCCAGGUUAAAUGUCCCCCUUUGGACCAAUCCCGUGCAGGCUUGGGUGUUUUACCACCAUUAAAUGAUAUUGAGUUUAAAUAUAAAUUCAAACAUUUGUGAACAUAUGGUUGGAAGCAGAGGACAUGAGAUGAUGUUACCAGCCUGCAGAACACCAUCAUGGACAGUCGCCUUUGGCAAUGGUGGCACUGAGUCAGCGUGGUCCAGCUCCAUACAUGGAUGCUUGCUUCUGAAUCUAAACAUUUUGGUGGCAGUUUCCAGAUGCUAUCUCAGACUGUGCUAGUGAAAAAAACCUUGUUUCUAGAAGCACAAUGAUAUGUUUUCAUUUGAAUAAGUCAGUGAAUGUUCAUCUAGCCAGGCACUGAAAUUAU